AUGUCCGACCUACUUUCCGGUCCGCGUAGGUACCUCUUCGAUAGAACGCUUACCGAGAGCUUCACCAUCGCAGCCUCUUUUCUCGUCGUCUUCGUUCUCUAUAAAAUCAUUCCGUCCCUCAUUAGCCUGUACCGCUGGAAAGAGCCGAAAGUCCGCGUGCCUGUCUUGAAUCUCGGCGAAGAUAAGAACUACGCCUCUGCCUCAGAAAAGUACGUGCACAACUUCAAGUCCAUUCUCCAAGAGGGCUGGGAGAGAUUUCGAGAUGGUGUCUAUCAGGUCUGGGGCAUCGACGGCUUCGUGGUGAUUGUUGCACCCAAGUUUGUCGAGGAGCUCAAUGCCAAGGGAACGGAUGUGGUCGACGUGCAUGCUGCGAGUCAGACGCGAAUCAUUGGCGAUUACGAAUGGCUGAGGAUUGCGGACCAUCUUCUGUUCCAUUCAGUGCAGACGGACUUGACACGACAAGUUGGUGCAUUGCUCCCCGGUAUGCGAGAAGAAGUUGAGUACGCGUGCUCCUUGCACCUGCCUGCUGGUCAAGAAUGGUCCGCUGCUGCACUUUGGCCUCGCAUGAUCAAAAUCAUGGCCCUAGUCGUCUCUCGCAUGACUGUUGGUCCGGACCUGAGCCGCGACGAGGUCUGGCUCGACACCAUGGUGGGCUUUCUUGACGACUUGUUCGCCGGCGGCUGGGCCCUCAAGGCAUGGUCUCGACCCUUGCGUCCCUUUGCCGCCAGAGGAGGUUUUGUCGCAGGCAUUUGCGAUGUGUGGAAACGACAAGCUACUGCCAGAGACAUGUUGAUCCCGAUCAUAAAGCAGCGCCGGGCGGCGGAAGCGGCAGCUCGAGCUUCCGGAAAGGAGUGGGAAAGACCGAAUGACCUACUGCAGUGGAUGACUGAUAACGCAGCUAAGGACAAGUCACCUAAGAGUGACGGCUUCGUAGCCGAGAUGUGUCUCGUCUCAGGAUUUGGUUCUCUUCACGCUUCAGGCGUCACCUUGACUAAUGCGGUCCUGGAUUUGGCGGCAAUGCCGAAGUAUCAGGACACCAUCCGAGAAGAGAACCAAGAGGCGCGGAAGCGCCAAGAGUCAAACACAAAAGAGGCGGCGAUCCUUAGCAGCUUAACAAAGCUUGACAGCUUUUUGAAGGAGUCUCAAAGAAUGAACCCUACCACAUUGACUGCAUUUUCAAGACAGGUCAUGAAGCCCGUAACCCUUUCAAACGGCGUUCAUCUUCCGGAAGGGACUCACAUCCUCGCUCCCUCAUCUAUGGUCUCGUGGGAUCCUGAAGUCUACUCCUCUCCCGAAGAGUUUGACGGUCUUCGUUUCCAUAAUAAACGGAUGAACGCGGCCGACGGUGGUGCUCAUAGAAACCAGUUCACGAGUUACUCUUCCGAGCAAUUGCAUUUCGGGUUCGGGCGCCAGGCCUGUCCCGGCCGUUUCUUCGGUAGUGCGAUCAUCAAGCUCAUCAUACUUCAUUUGGUUGAUAAUUUCGAAUUGGACCUUGUUGAUAAGGAGGCAGGGAGACCUAAGAACGGGAUUAAAGGGGCGAUGAUCACUCCGGGGGAGGAACAGGAGAUACUGUUUAGGCGCAGACAGCUUUAG